GGCAUCUCGAAAAACAUGACUUAUUUAAUGAUAUAGAGAAAAAAAAAAUCAAGAGAUCCUCUCAAGGCAAUAAACAGGGAGAGUUUUUAAUAUCAAAUUUUCAACCCACGAAAGAGGCAGGAAGUGCCAUCCCUUUGGCUGGUUUUGCCCUCGAUUUUUCCCUUUUUCCCUUUUCCCUUAACCCCCCUACCGCCCACUGGAAUGUUGAUCCAACUUCAGCCUCCUAACACCACACCACUCUUCGGCCUUGGAAGUUCUCUCUAUCUCUCUGUCUCUUCUCUUAGGCUGACGCAACCAAGGGGCUGGAUCUAAGGUUAGGUCUCACGAUGAUCGGUGGCCAGGUGCCGCGAGGGGCGGGCUACCCUCAAGGGAGGCGGAGGAGCAGGAGUCACAGGAGGAGACCAGACUUGCUUGCUGUUGUAUAGGGCAAGCUAUGUGAUCACCUCUGGCAAGACGUCGUCAUGUCUUUGCCAUCUUUUCUCCCCGCCCCCUCUUCAUUCUUUUUCCCCUCCUGCUCCUCCACCACGCCUUCUUCUCGUCCAUCCUCUCCUAUGCGUGUGUGUGUGUGUGUGGAUGUUCGGAUACAGAACAAAGCUUGCCUGGGUUGGAAUCACGGACUUGGCACCCCACGACCGUUUGUGAUAUUCGACCAUGCUGGCUGCUGGGAGGCCCUCGCUCCCCUUCCUCCCCCUCUUCUUCCUCUCCAGAGCGGCUGUUGUAGCCAGCGCACCCACGCUCUCUUUUCCCCUCAACUCACAGGUCCCUCCUGUGGCCAGGAUAGGAGAGCCUUUCUCCUUCGAGUUCUCCCCUUCGACCUUCACCUCGUCUUCCGGCUCCAGCUUGUCCUACUCGCUCGUCGACCCUCCUUCCUGGGUCUCUCUUGAUAGUGAGAGUCGCACGCUCUACGGAACACCAGAGGACGGUGAUAUAGUUGAUCCAGAAACGGUGGUCGGGGUCAACAUCACCCUGGUGGCGACAGACGCAACCGGGUCGACCUCUGACGAUGCGACGCUGGUGGUGUCUCGAAAUCAGGGCCCUGUGGUCCAGAUUCCCAUAUCUGACCAGAUACAGGGGUUUGGGAAGUACUCGGAGCCGUCAUCGAUCCUCUGCAACCCAGAGGAAGACUUCAAGUUCACCUUUGCAGCCGACACUUUCUCUGACGUCGAGACCUCGGUGUUGAAUUACUACACGGUCAUGCUCAACAACAACAGCCCUCUGCCGGCGUGGAUCUCGUUUGACCCGGGCACCCUCGCCCUCGCAGGGACCACGCCUCCCUUCAGCUCUCUGGUCGAGCCCCCCCAGACUUUCUCCAUGAAGCUCAUCGCAUCCGACGUCGCGGGCUUCUCGGCUGCCUGGGUCAACUUCUCCAUCGUGGUCGGGACGCACGCCCUGACAACAAGCGACCCCGAAGUCACGCUCAAUGCGACCGUCGGAAAGCCUCUGGCAUAUGAUGCGCUGGCACAAAGCGUUCAGAUUGACCAGAAGGCGGUAGACUCAAACCAGGUCAACGUCACGACGGAGGGUAUGCCUUCUUGGCUCACUCUCGAUCCUGCGUCAUGGGAUAUUAGUGGCACGCCUCCAGAUGAUUCGCAGCCGACGACGACGUUCAUGGUAACCAUGGAAGAUGCAUUUGCAGAUAUCCUGAACAUCACGUUUAAGCUGCAGGUCACAGGAAGCAGCAGUCUCUUCCAGAGCACGAUUCCCUCUCUGGAUGUCAAGCCUGGAGGGAGUCUGUCUUUCGACCUGACACAGUAUCUCGCAGACCCGUCGGCGGUCGAUGUCACAGCCGACAUAGAACCAGUAGCAUCAUGGCUCUCCUGGGACGCUUCCGCCUUGACUUUGACUGGCAGUGUCCCUCGCACAGCCUCUGAGUCAGUCAUCGACGUCACCUUCACUGCACAGCCAAGAACCAAUGCAAGAUUCAGAAGGGAUGGGACAAGAGGUCAGUCUCAGGAACUGGUGAUCGAGAUUCAGUCGGCCUCGUCCUCAUCGUCCAUCACCGGAACUGCCUCAAGCACGAGCUCGCGGCCAGCAUCAGCCCCGUCAACGUCGUCGUCUAAGAGCAGCGAUGACACCACUAGUUCAUCCUCUGCCAAGCGGUCCCCAAAUUGGACCAUUGUGGCCAUUGUUAUCUCUGCCGUCGCGGCCUUUGCGCUCGUCGCAUGCAUCUGCUUCUGGUUUUGUCACAGGAAGAACAAGCAGCAACAACAAUCACGGAGUGACCUUGACAGCGCGUUCUACAUCUCUGCACCUCUACCAGAGAGCCUGAUCUACACACCCGGGGUGGAAGUCGGCUCUCCAGACCCCCAGCACAACACAGUCUCGUCCCACUUCAGCAACGAGAAAGACAAGUCGAAGCCCAAAAAGGCGAGCAAUCUCCGCACGGAGUUAACCCCGUCCCCCAUCCCGCCCGUCGCACCGUCACUCGCAGACAUCUAUAACGACGAUGAUGUCGACGACGAGCAGCCGCCGAUGAUGAGCGAGAGUACCACGCCAGCGAACAAAUUGAAGGGCUGGUACGACUCGUUGCGCAGCUUCCGUGUCGCGCACUUACGGCGUGGCCUCGGCGGUGGCAAGGCGAGAGUGUCGGAGAGCUUCUUGUCGGACGACGAGGGCUCGCAUCAGGACCUCGAUCUUGACCUCGAGUUUGCAGGCCCGCCUGUCAUCAGCCUCAGCCACAGCAGCCAGGGCACGUUUCGCAACAACCUCGAGGUCGAGGUGCCCACGCUCUCACCUGGCGGCGGCGGCGGAGGAGACAGCAGCAGUAGCCUCCAGCGUGUGCUGGACCGAUCUCAUAACAAGAAUGACCGAUUCGGCAGCCUUCAGGUCAAGAAGGGCAAGAAUACUGCUGUUCUUCCCACACCCGAGAACUCAGAAAGCAGGCUCCCUCGGAACGAUGGCGAUGCUUCGCCUACAAUAGGCCAGGCCGUCUCCCCCCUCGACGAGAGAAACCCAUUCAACUCCCACCCGAUCUCGCCCAUCUCUCCUCCCACCGCUGCCGGCAUCAGCGCCAGCGUCAGCACAGGUCCGCCAAGACCUCCCCCAGCAGCACUGUCAUCGUCAUCAAUGCGAAGGCCAAGGGCGGCCUCUGAGUUCCAGCUCCGCACGCAGCCAGCUCUAAGGCCUGUGCACUCGCAAAAGUCCUUUGCAAGCAUCUCCUCCAUCGACAGCAUGCGCGGCCGCACGCGCAGGCUGGCGGCCAAGACAUCCGCGCAGGCGAAAGGCGCCAUGAGCCUCGCGUCCAUCGCCAUGAAGUCGCCUACGCGGAGGACGCUGGCUAGGCUAGGCAAGAAGCCGAGCCUGCACCUGCGGCGGUCCAAACGGGCCCACCGUGGGGUGCUGGAGAGUGUUGAUGACGAUGGAGCCGAGGAAAGCAGCAGGCAGGCGUCGGUCCGUAGCCCGGCGGCUGGGCUUGGGAUCCAGAAUGGCGGUGGCGGCAUCGGUGCGUACCUGAGCCCGAGGUUGUGGCCCCAGCCCGCAGGCCCAGGUGACUCGGUCAGUCCCGUGCCGAUGCCCUCGGCGCCGGACCCCGUCGCCCUUGACAGCGAGAGGCAUCGCAGGCGAAGCGGUCGCAUGAACGGUAGUGCGAGUAGUUCGAGUGGUGGGAGCAGGGAGGCGGGCGGGAUGCGUCUUGCCCAGCAGGCCCAGAACUCGCCAGGCAUCCCACGGCGCCCUGUGGCCAGCAGUCCAUUAGCUGCUACUGCUUCUGCUGUUGCUGCCAGCAAGAAGAAGGCGGCCGGUGUGGCCGUACGCGCACCAUCCACUCCAGACGCAGUGGCGACGCCGUCUCCGUCUGCACAGGGCCUUGGCAUCUCCAUCUACGAGGACAUCGUCAGCAGCUCGCCCUUCCACCCGUCGAAGGACGGUGGGGACCGCGAAGGGUCGUGGGUGACGAGCCAGGCGGGCAGCACGUCCGAGCUAGGCCUAUCCCUUAGUUCCAGGCCCGACCUGCGGGAGCACUCCGCCGUGCCGAUGGCGGCGAGCCGGUCCGGACACAGUGCUGCCACCACCAGGAGCACACCCGGGGUGGCUGGCACCGCGGGGAGCACGGGCCCCAACUGGAUCUCGUUCGACGAGGUCGUGGACGAGGAGAGCCCUGUGAUCCAGCCGCUGAUGGGUGGAAGUUCGCUACCGGCUUUGAUGGAGGGAGGAGACCUGGAAGAAGCGUCUGGUGGCAGUGAACGGUCGGGAAAAAGCGAGGCUUCGAGUAAUGUCAGAGCCUUUGUCUGAAGCUGUGCUGUCCUUUGUCUCUCUUUUGUUUUCAUUUUGUUUUACGUGGCAUGAUCCCCGGCCAAUCUAUGGCGUCAUUAAUAUUGAUAUCUUGGGUAAAUCUACUUGUCUCUGAACGAUUCGGACAGGGUGAUUCUGAUAAGAGCAGCUACUUUUUGCCAACAUGAUGAUGCAAGGCAGAGAGCGCAGGAUACUAGUGCAUUCAAAUCUAUUAGCAAG